UUGAGAAAAUUGUAAAACAAACGAACAUAUAUAAAUCCCUAAUUCUCCCAAUUUCAGUCCUCAUUUUUUGAUUUGGGAGCGGAAUUAGGAAUUCUGCAGGCGUAGCAGCAAACCAGAAAGAACUCUGUUCUCACAAACCCCAAUUCACAACUUGUUGGCGAUGCCGUCGUCUAGCAAACGCCGACGCCGCCGCUCCUCCGACGGUUCUCCGUCGGACUCACCUUCCGAAUCCGACAGACGUAAGGACCGAAGUCGUGGCCGCCGCCGGAAUUCCGAUAGCGAUUCCGGUAAGCCGUCAAAGCGCAGCAGUAAGCGAAAGAUUACCGAGGAAGAGAUGACGGAAUACCAAGCUAAGAAGGCUCAAAAGCUGGCUGCGAAAUCUGCUAAGAAGCUGAGGUUGCAGUCGGUUUCUGGAUAUUCGAAUGAUUCGAAUCCCUUUGGUGAUUCUAAUCUCAAUGAAACAUUUGUGUGGAGAAAAAAAAUCGAGCGCGAUGUGACCCAAGGCGUUCCUCUUGACGAGUUCUCCGUCAAAGCGGAGAAGAGGAGGCAGAGAGAAAGAAUGGCUGAGAUUGAAAAGGUUAAAAAGAGAAGAGAAGAAAGAGCUAUCGAGAAAGCACAACACGAGGAAGAGAUGGCACUCCUGGCAAGAGAACGUGCUAGAGCUGAGUUCCAUGAUUGGGAAAAGAAAGAGGAAGAGUUUCAUUUUGAUCAAAGCAAACAAAGGUCAGAGAUUCGGAUACGCGAAGGUCGUACUAAGCCAAUUGAUAUACUCACUAAACAUCUUGAUCCUUCGGAUGCUUUUGAUAUAGAAAUAAAUGAACCAUACAUGGUCUUUAAGGGUUUGACUGCAAAAGAAAUGGAGGAGCUUCACAACGAUAUAAAGAUGCACCUCGAUUUAGACAGGGCAACUCCUACACAUAUGAAAUAUUGGGAGGCACUUCUGGUAGUUUCUGAGUGGGAACUAGCUGAAGCAAGGAAAAGGGAUGCGUUAGAACGUGCGAGGGUGCGUGGAGAGCAAUUACCUCCAGAGAUGAUCGGCGAAGAUAGAGGAUUGCACGCGAGCAUUGAAGCAGAUGUGAAGAGUCUUUUGGGAGGCAAAACAUACGUUGAACUAGAAACCCUACAAUCGCAGAUCGAAUCACAAAUGCGAUCUGGGACUGCCAAGGUGGUCGAAUAUUGGGAAGCUGUUCUUAAACGUCUCCAUAUUUACAAAGCAAAGGCUUGUUUGAAGGAAAUCCAUGCCAAGAUGCUGCGCAGGCAUUUGGAACUUCUAGAGAAACCAUCUGGGGGUGAAAAUAACAAGACGGAACUGCCUCAGCCGAUCGAUGAGGAGGAAUCUGAUCAAGACAAUGCUGGUGUUGUGUCCUCUCCAUUACCUGCAAUGGAUCCAGAGAUUCAUGAUGAAGAAGAAGAAGAAGACGAAAACGAAGAAGAUGGAUCGUAUUCACCCCAGCUACUGGACGAGGAUGAAAAUGAAGAUGCGAUUGACCCUGAAGAGGACAAGGCUAUCUUGGAAAGGAAACGUAUUGCUGUCAAAGAAGAGCGGCGAAUCCAAGAACUGUCUUCUUCAAGGCCUGCUCCUCCUCCUCCAGACAAUUUUGAGAGAACUGCCAUGAAAGCCAUGGGAAGCGUUGAGGAAGGUGAUGUCGUAUUCGGCUCAAAUGACGAAAUUAACCUUGACUCGCAGGUUUAUUGGUGGCAUGAUAAAUAUCGUCCAAGAAAACCGAAGUAUUUCAACCGUGUUCACACUGGCUAUGAGUGGAACAAAUACAACCAAACGCAUUAUGACCACGACAACCCUCCUCCCAAAAUAGUGCAGGGAUACAAAUUCAAUAUUUUCUAUCCGGAUUUGGUUGACAAAAUAAAAGCUCCGAUUUACACAAUUGAAAAAGAUGGGGAUAGUGCCGAGACUUGCAUUAUAAGGUUUCAUGCUGGCCCGCCUUACGAAGACAUAGCAUUCCGCAUUGUUAAUAAAGAAUGGGAGUACUCACACAAGAAGGGGUUUAAAUGUACGUUCGAAAGGGGGAUAUUACACGUGUACUUUAACUUCAAGCGGUAUCGAUAUCGUCGGUGAUCUCUCUUUUUCGUGUUUGUGUUGGUUUUUACUAUUUUUCAAUUAGUGAAAACUAUAUGAACUAGAAAAAGGGUGUUGUUAUUCUUGAUGCCUUUGUAGAGAUUACCGGUUUAGAACGUAUUGUUAUACUUGCUGAGAAAUUAACCGUCGUAUGUAUAAGUGUUUUAUCGAAUUGAAUUAUUCUAGUACCGACAAAUAAUAUGAUAAUUUGUUUAUGAUUUGGCAA